AUGGAUUCAUCAUCAGCAGGAGCAUCAUCUUCAGAACCUCCAACAACUUCUCCUGCGGUUACUACCGUAACCACCGUACAAGCGGAGGGAUCUUCACCACCACCACCACAAGCUCCACCAAGCCGUUACGAAUCUCAAAAGCGCCGUGACUGGAACACUUUCCUCCAAUAUCUACAAAACCACAAGCCACCAUUGACGCUUGCACGGUGCAGUGGCGCGCACGUGAUCGAGUUUUUGAAAUAUCUCGAUCAGUUCGGGAAGACGAAAGUUCAUGUUUCCGGUUGUCCGUAUUUCGGACAUCCGAAUCCUCCCGCUCCCUGUGCCUGUCCUUUAAAACAGGCAUGGGGAAGCCUUGACGCGCUGAUCGGACGACUCAGGGCGGCCUACGAAGAAAACGGAGGCCGUCCUGAAUCGAAUCCGUUCGGCGCAAAAGCUGUGAGAAUUUACUUGAGGGAAGUGAGGGAAGGACAGGCGAAAGCUAGAGGGAUUCCUUAUGAGAAGAAGAAGAGGAAGAGAACUGCAGUGACAGUGUCAGCUGUGAGUAGUAGUGGUGGUGGUGCUAAUGAUGAUAGCGGUGGGGAUAACGGUGGUGCAGGUGAUAACACGGUUGUUCUUGUUGGUGGUGGUACAACUACAACUGCAACUACAGCCACUACAGCUAAUGCAAGUACUUCUUAG